CCAUGUUUUUGAUGAGAAAGUAAUCGUUGUCGGUGCUGAAGCCGCUUGACCACUUUGAAACGAGAUGUUCUUCAGACUUUCCGCCAGCUUCAUUAUUUUCACUGACGACCUAGUCCUUUUCCGGGUGCCGUGGGCUAGAUGGUUAUGCCAGGAUUACCUUUAAGCUCCAUCCACGUGCUACUGUUGGUGAAACUCCGAAUGGAUCACAAUGCACCACAGCUGUGGUGCUAUUGCGGCUUGCUUUCUUCGGGGCAGCAGGUUCCUGUAGCAGCACCGCAACAAUUUGCUUGGAUAUAUACUCUUUAUGCUACUAACAGGAAAGAAAGAACUUUAGAGAGCCCUCGGACAAAAACGUCACUUCAUUUUAAGGUAUAUAUAUUGUUACAUAUUUCGAUAUUUAUCAUUUAUUCAUUCAUUUUUGUUCUAUUUGAGCUUAUAAAACAAACGAAUCAUUCGGAAUUUAUAUAGUAAAAGUAAAGACCUGACUUACUUUUAUUUUAUUUUAGGUACUUAUUUUUAUUUUAGAAUAAAAAUGAAGCAUACGCCUUUGCUCAUUGCUUCAUCAGAAUGCAAUAUUCUUGUAAGUUCUUGUUCAUCAUUUUCUAUGAAAUUCAGUAAUCACAAAAUUUUUCCAUUGCAGAUAACACAGCGUCUCACAAACAGCGAUGCU